UAUGGUAGCUAGAAUUGUCGCAUCCACGACGUUUAUUAGUACCCAAUACUAUCUAAACUAAACGCAGCUGAAUGAUGUGAACAGACGAACGUCAAUAACGUCAUCCACAUUUUCCACAACACGACCUAAUUUUCUGUCUUGUUAUCAAAAUAUUAAAACUAAUGCUUAAAGUGUGUCUAAAUCAUUGAUUUUUCAUUAAUGUUUGCUUUACACUUAUCAACAACAAUGUUAUUAUUUCCAGCGAGUGUCUAAAAUGUCUGAUACGAAGUCUGAUAACAUAAGCAUAGAGUUCGAUCCGAUUUUGCCUGAUACUGGUGUCUUGUUUUAUGAGGAAUGUCCCGCGGAGUAUGAGAUUGAGAAGCCGAUAUUGUUGCCGUUGAAAUCGUCGACUCAAGUGCGUUUCGAACAGCUUCAGCACGAAGCGGCGCGAGUGUGGAGAGAUAAACAAAGAACAGCGGCGACGGCGAAGAAAAACUAACGCAACCAAAGAUUCCUUGUUCAAAUUAGCCUGUCAAUAUGGCUUACACACUGUUUGUGAUAGAGAUUAUAUCGGCGUUUAUAUUGGCAGCUACAUUAUUGUACAGAUACGGAGAUGUUUACAGAAAUCACAUUAUAGUGACAGUGGCUGUUGUUACAGCAUGGUACUUCUCGUUUGUUAUUAUGUUUAUAUUGCCAUUGGAUGUGUCUUCGACAGUAUAUCGACAAUGCAUGCAAAACAGCAACUCGACUACAGUCGCCCCGAGUGUGUCACCGCUACACAAUGAGUCAACCACAACCGUCCCCCCGGUCACGAAAUGCCAGAAACCGUGGAGCUUUGUGGACGACAGUGUGUUCCCUAAUCUCUGGAGGGUUGUCUAUUGGACUUCACAAUGUCUGACUUGGUUGAUAAUGCCGAUGAUGCAGUCAUACAGCAAAGCGGGUGACUUCACGGUUAAGGGCAAGCUGAAGUCAGCGCUCGUUGACAACGCCAUUUAUUAUGGCUCCUACCUGUUCAUCUGCGGCAUUCUGCUCAUCUACAUUGCGCUGAAGGGUGUGUCCUUGGACUGGGCCAAGAUCAAGGCUAUUGCGUCCUCAGCCAGUAACACAUGGGGUCUCUUUCUCCUGAUCCUUCUGUUGGGCUACGCCCUGGUAGAGGUACCAAGAAAUCUAUGGAACAACUCUAAGAAGAAUUAUACUCUGACAUACACUUACUUCAAGAUAGCCAAGCUGAGUACCGACAAGUGUGAGGCAGAGGAAAAUAUGGACGACAUAUUAGAUAGUCUGUCGUCGAUCACCGCGGCCGUGGGCCCCGGGCACCCGCUGCACCGGCACGUGGAGACGAUCGUGCAGAAGCUGCCCGUGCAGCUGCGGGAGCGCCUCAACAGCCGCCAGGCGCCCGAGCGGCCCGCCGCGCCCUCGCUCAAGUCGCUCGUCAACUUGCAUAAGAAGAUGAUCAAAGCGCUCCACGUCCUCCAACGCACCGAGACCCAAUGGGGCAUAACGUUGGAGCGAGUGUUCCAUCUAGAGGACGUAUCUACCAACCUGCGUGCUCCGGAUCGGCGCUUCACACACACGUUCCACACAGCACGGCCGCGCGCCCUGCGGCUCUUGUACCCGCCCACUACUGAAUGGUACUGGGAGUGCAUCCUGAAGCAGUACUUCCUGAAGACAAUGGCGGUGGUCACGGGAAUCAUGUCGCUGGCGCUCGUGUGGUCGGAGAUGACGUUCUUCUGCAAGCAGCCCGUGCUGUCCAUCUUCGCCAACAUCCUCAACGCCGCUAAAUACACUUACAACUACGCGGCUAUUGUCUGGGUAUCGACUCUUGUUAUCGCGUAUAUGUUCUACUGCGCGUACUCGACGGUACUGAAGAUCCGUCUUCUGAACCUAUGGUACCUGGCACCUCACCACCAGACCAACGAGUACAGUCUCAUCUUCAGCGGGAUGAUGGUGUGCCGCCUCACGCCCGCUAUGUGCCUCAACUUCCUCAGCCUUGUGCAUAUGGACUCGCAUGUUAUUAAGGAGUAUGUGAUGGAGACAUAUUAUACUCAGAUAAUGGGUCACAUGGACGUCCUGGGCAUCAUAGCCGAAGGUUUCAACAUCUACUUCCCGAUGCUAGUGGUGCUGCUGUGCGCGGCUACGUACCUCUCGCUCGGCAGUCGUCUCCUCUCGCUCUGCGGCUUCCACCAGUUCGUGGGGGACGACGAGCUGACGACUGAUCUCGUUGAUGAGGGCCGGGAGAUCGUUAAGCGAGAAAAGCGUAAGCGGCAACGCGCGGAAGAGUCUCUGACGCGGCGCCGCGACUACAGCGAGCGGUACGCCAACUACCGCACCAAGCGGGACAACCAGGAUGGAGCCCACACCGGGCUCCUUAACGACGUGGACUCAGACUACUACGUCCAACCGAGUCCCGAACGGUCCCAGCCGAUAUCCGCGUACCAGCGCGCGGAGCUGCCAUACAACAGGACAACGGUAGACGAUGAGUUAGACCAGAGGUUCGGUGCGAGCACGCUGCCGGCCAUACAGUCCGAGUUCGACGAGCGACGGCGUGACAAGAUGAGCGCGCCGCCGCGAGGGCUUUUCGAUGACGUGUGAAGUGCAAUAUAGAGCGGGUUUUUGUAAAAGACUUUUGAGGCCAAUGUUGUAAAUUGACAGCGUACAGAAUUGUUGGAUUAGUGUGUAUACGGAUAGCACUAUACCUACGUGGUUUCAGUGUUAGUGUUGGAUUACAGAAGCUAAAUUGAUUGAGAAUAAACCAAAACUAUGGUAACGUGAAAUUCUUUCGUGGAACGAUUUACCAUUAUUUAUGUGCGCCCAUAACAUACUUGGCUAUUGUAUUUGCGCAAACAUUGCGGACAUUUUCGUUUGAGAUAUUGGAAAGAGAUGUAACACGAAUGUUUGGGUAAAUACAGCCAUGUGUGUCGACAUUGAAGUCUUUUAAUUCCAUCGUAAGACGUAGCCUAAAAUGUAUGCUAGGAUUUAGAUCCUAAAUGAAACCCAAAUUUCUCAAUGUUUCUUUAUGAAAGCUCGCGUUAAGUUGUACAGUAAAUUAUUCUACAGUAUAGUAUUGGUUGUAAUACAUAUUAUUGUGUUAAUAAAUAUGGAUGCUUGAGUCAUAUAAGAGAUUUAUUUUUUGUACAAAAAUAAGUACUUGCUUUUGUCCAUUGUAAUUAGUUUAACUAGAAUUACAUAGUCGUAGUGAAUCAUUUAAUAUAUUCCAAUUAUUUUAGGUAACUUUUAGUUAUUGCUCAUUAAAUCCUCGAGUUGAGGCAUAGUAUCACAAAAUCUUAACCCCUGGUUUACGACUUUUUAUAUAUUUUGUAUGAUAUUGCGUGUGCAAAUAGCGUCCGUGGGACUUAGAGGUAUUUUAUUCUGCCUACGCGUUAUCGCGACCGCGGGAUUCGGGGGUUAGAGUCAAUUAACCUCUUGACCGCCACAGACGUCAUCAGAAAGUCUUACCAAGGGCACCAACAACGGCUGCACCCGUCAGCUUCGCCAAUGCAAUAGGGAAUUACGCGGGACUCCGGAAAUUUCAAUUUGGCUUAACUAAUAGCGAUCGCCUGGCGUCCGGAGCACGGCAUAGUCCUUCGCCCUCUGGCGUUCAGAGGGUUAACACUUAAUAGUCCAUGACGAAAACAUUUAUAUUUUUGAGGUCUCUGGACUUUAGUUGAAUUAUUAAUGUGAAAACCUGGCUAAUAUUAUUAUGAUCAGGGGUCGUACAAAAAGUGCGGAUGACGUCAAACCACUUAUAGGAUGAUUUCAAAUAGUAUUUUUGAUUUUCAUAUACAAUUAUCACUUAUCAUUUAUCAACCUCUUUAUUAAACGAUAUCGCCACUUGAAAUGAGUAAGUACGUUUUUGACUGACACAUUGUCAAUCAGAUGAACAAUAAAUUGACUUCGUUAUUGUUUAGCUAUUGUAUCUUCACGAUUAUAUUUAGCUAAAAUUUAUAUUUACUAAUGUAUAAGAAAACGCUCUAAAAUGUCAUCUUUACUCGAAUAUUGUGGCAAUUUUCCGUUUUUGGAGGUACGUGACACGGAAGUUUAAAUACAAACUCAAACAUCAUCCUGUGUGCAAGAUUACGUCAUUUUUACGUCAUCCGCACUUUUUGUCCGACCCCUGAUUAUGAUCAAUGUUAAUUUCAAAAAUAUUCACGGGGUAUUUUGACAAAAUUUUUCACACCACGCCUGCUUGACCAUGCUUAUAUUACAAACUAAUAGGUGCGUACAGUGGUGUACUUUCGUUUGGGCCAAAUACAUUUCGCAAAAUUUCACUUCCCAACAAACUUAUCGCAAUAGUUUCAUUUCCCAAAGGAACUUUUAGCAAAGUUACACUUCGCAUAUAAUUUAUUUGGUCAAAUUAUCAUUUGGCAUGAUUUUACUUUGUCAAAUGUUAUUAGGACAAAAACUUAUUUAGCAAAAGUUUUUUAUUGUAUAUUAUAUUCCAAAAAGAUUUUUCAAAAUUGGUCCGCUGACAUUGGAACAUACCGAGACUAAAUGGAAGUAAAUAUUAUAUUCAAGAUUGGUCAAAAUUGUCACUUCGCAAAUUUGACAAAUAGGCAUCUCUAAGGACUGUUCAUUUUAUUAAGCGGACACACAAAAAAGUAUAAAUUACAUUUUUCUAAUUCUGGAAUCGCUUUAUUUAGAUAAAUAUAAUAAAAACGGAAACCAACGCAAAACAUUUUAAUAUAAAUAUAGUACAAUAUAAUAACAUCGGUAAGAUUUUCGUACUUUUACACGGUUGCGCCGUUCAAGUGCCUGCACAUCAAUUUUUGACACUUUUUGACAAGUUGUAAACAACAUUCGUUUGAAUUCUUUCAAUGUUUUAGCUUCUCAUCUACCCUUUUUUAAGCGCAUCUUCACAUUGGUCUAGUGCCACUCGAUGGAGUGGAGCUCCGGGCAAUUAGAUGAGUUGACUUGUUUUUGAACGAAAUCAAUGUUUUUCAAAUUCAGUAGCUUCACUUUCUGACCAGCAUAGUGGGCACUUGCCAAAUCAGGCCGAAAUGAAGAGGUGACAUUAUGCGUCUGAUAGACGGAAAGUACUCGUUAUUAGAUGCAUUAUUUUCUGUAAAUGUCGCAACCAAAGUUCAUGUCGCAAAAUAGAACAAGUUUUUAAGGCCACAGGAACCAAUUGCCUGCCAGACAAGGACUUUCUUCAUGAAUUGGUCAAUUUUCAUGUUACUCUCCUCGUCGAAUAUAUGAUCUUCUACAACGGCAUGGUAGCAUCAGGGCCAUUGGUAACGUACUACAGCAACAUUUUACGCAUUUUCCGUUGUCCAUUAAAAUGCUACGAAAUUUAUCUUCAUGUAAAAUGUAGUACAGUUUGACGCUUCUUUUUUUCGAUUGCUUUCGCUGCUCUGUAAUUCUUUUGUCCAUUUUUUUCUUUUUAUGGGUCCAUUUAUUGUACAUACUUCUUAUAUUUUAAUCUGUGUCUACUCUAACGCCUGCUGUCUUAGGAAUUUCGCGAACCGAUAAGUAAUUUAUUGAUUUUAACAGCCGCAUGACAAUACUUUUGUUUCUGGAUUGGCCGGGCCGCUUCUGUGCCGGGAUUUUGUAAAAUCUUCAAGCAUAUGAUGCUCUCCAAAUGUUUUAAUUAUUUUAUUCACGUUUAACUUGGAAAAUUUGUACAUAUUUACGAUUUUUUGCAGUGAAUACUAGCCUGUGCAUCCUAAUUGCAGAACUAACUUGCUAUGUUCCAAAUUUGUUCGGUCCUUCGGGAAAAAUAUUAGACUAUUAUGGGAACAAAUAUGUAGCAAUUGAUAAAUAAGGGAUUGUUGAUUAUAUUGUUAUGAGCUGUACGUCAAUUGAUUUUAAAUUCGCCGAUUAAAAGAGGUGUAAGAGUGUCCGCUUAGUAAACUGAACAGUCCUUAUUUAAAUUUGUACUUUUUGUUAUGUUAAUAUAGGUACGUUAAAUUCUACGUAAUUUGGGUGGGUUGGGUUAGGUUUGAACUGCGAUCCUCACAAAACGGAGCCGCUAUCAGAAAAGUAGGUUAGGUUAGGUUAGAACUGUGACCUUCACAGAAUCGAAAUGCUAUUAGAAAAGUGGGUUAGGUUAGGUUAGAACUGCGAUCCUUACAGAAAAGAUAUACUAUGUACUAGAAAAAGGUCAUCGAAGUGGAUUAAUUAAUUUAAUAGAAUAACGAGAUGUAAAAAAGUUGCAUGACAUUUUAAACUAAAAUGUGGUGUAAAUAUUGGUGGUUAUUUACUAUUCUUGGGUUACAAUGAUUACUUUGGUGUUAUUUGCUUUAAUAGAAUAGCAAGAUCUAACAAAUUUGGUUAUCAUUUUACAUUAAAACGGAUUUUUAAUUUUAGUGAUCAUUUACUACAUAUUUUUGGCAGUAAGAAUUUUUUUUUUGACGUUACAUUUUACUAUACUAUACAUAUACAUAGUAAAAUGUAACGUCAAAAAAAUUAUCAGUUGAAUACCAGACAAAUAAAAUUCUGCAGCCUCCUCUCUAUUGGUAUGUAAAUUGUAUGCCAUGCAAUAUUUUGGGACAUGUAAGUUAUGCUUAAUGAUACAUUUGACUAAAUAAUAUUUGGUAAAAUGAAACUUGUCCAAGUAAUUAUUUGCUAAACAAUAACUUGCCAAAAAAGACUAUUGCUAACUGAAAAUUUGCGAUAAGUUGUUUUGCCAAACAUUUUUUUGGGAAAUGAUAAUUUGGGAAACAUAGUUUGGGUUGUGAUACUUUGGGAAACGUUUUUGGCCCAUUCGUUAGUAAACCGCGUACAGUACCCACUUAAUUAAUGUUAAAAACGAUAGAAAUUAUGAGCCCGUCGUGUAAGUCAAUUAGAUAAACACGGCCAUACAACGCUUGCCAGCAGUAACAGGCAUAUAAUUGUUUACCGUGUUAUUGGGAAAUUAAUUUCUAAUUCAAAUUGGUUGACCAAUGGCUAUUACAACCCGUGGUGGGUAAAAUAGUGAAAUAGCACAUCUGUAUGUAUUUUAGUGAAAUUAUUAGAUGUUAUGUCUCAAGGCAGUCAGUGAGAAUUUUUUUAAUAUGAAAACAAAUUUAAUUAUUCAUGUUUGUGUUAUUCCUGCUUUUUAUACGUUUUAUAACUAGUUGUAUAAUAAAAUGUGUAUUUACCAUAGAAGGUGAAAAACUUAGGAGAUAAUAGCGAAUGCCUAAAAUUAACGUCAAUUAAAAACGUGAACCUUGAAGACGAGUUAUGUAUACACGGCCAUUUUGUUUUCUUUAACCGAUUAACCAUGAUUAAGAUUUUUGACAACUAAGCUUAAAAUGAAUAGGCAUAGUACGAAUAUACCUACUGCCCAUUAAAAUACUAGGUCCUCCCUUUAAUUUGCUUCUUUUCGCUCAAGAUCGGGAUACCAAGUAAGCUACCGAGACUAAAUGGAAGCAAAUAUUUCCAUUAUUUCCAACCUUAAAAACUGAAACGGGACAGUCGCGUAAGCGCGCGCUAUAAGUCCGGUUUCCAGUAAGAUUUUCCUUCAGCAACAGCAAAUGCCUACUUGGAAAGGUUAAAUACCAGUUUGUCUUUUAUUAUAUAAGGUUCAUUUUUGUGUGAUACAUCUAACACGCUUAGCGUUUGUAAAUCUUGUAUAUAACACAUUGUGUUCGUGUCUGGUCGUGAUCGAUUCCCUCUACAAAGCGGGAAAACGCUAGGUUCGGCUACGAGCAUAGCGCUACGAAAGCGUUAGCAGUGAAUGUGUUAAUUUAUUUAUCUUUUAACGGAUAUAAGAUUCUAGGUGCACCAUUUUAUGUACAAAUAAUUGAAAAGUCCAGCAACCAAGUAUUCGCAUCACGAAAAACACAUGCCAUUCUUAAGAUUACCUAAACCCCAACCCAACCGACUAUAAUGUUGAGAGAUUAGUACAUAGUGCUGCUUGUAGGUAUAUUGUAAUGGUCAAAUAUGUAAUGGCACUGGUAACAUCACUGUAUUUACAGUUUCCUUAGUACUAUCACUGUUAAAUUUUACAUCUAGUAGCAGCGCAUAGUAAAAAUGACAACGUAUGUACAUACAUACGUACCGUUUAAUAUGAAGUCAUAGUUAUAAUUGGCAUUUAAGUUCUCGUCAUGCCAUAUUUUAUCGACUGACACUGAUUUAAUACUGUUUCAUACCUAAAAUAGGUGUUAUAUGUUUUUUGUUAAAUAUUUCAUUCUAUUAUGAAACCCUCUUUCAGCCCGCUAGACACAUGAAUAAUUUGCAAAAUUAGAUUAAUUCAUUUGUGGGGUUAGUUCAUGAAUGUUAAUACUACUGGAAUAUUUUAGAACUAAGAAUACAGAAGCAUCGUUGCUCUUAAAAUAAAUUAUUUAUCAAAAAUAAUAUAAAUAUCAACUUUCGUUCAUAGCCAUUUUAUUUUUAAUCACCGAAGGGUCGGCGCUAAAAUCAAAACCCGAUAGAUAGAAGCAUAGGGACAAGUUCAAAAUCAACAACUUAUUAUAUAUUCCAAAUAUUUGACGUUCCACGGUAAAAGGUACCUUAUGGCGGCUGGCACUUACGUCACAUAGCGCCGCAAUAUCGGAGCGGCUUUAAUAAUAGCGUAAGCGCCAACCGCCAUAAGGUACCUUUACCCGUGGGACGUCAAAUAUAUUAAUUGUCCAGUAGUAUACUAAUAUUCUUAAUUAAAUUAAUAAUCUUAAUAUAUUCUGAUGUGAUAACUGUUGUAUAAGAUAAUUUAAUAAAAUUACAUUACCUAACCUAAUUGUUAUUGUAACCACAAUCAUGAAAUAAAAAGACAUUAAAUUUACAGAA